CUCACAAAAUGAUUGUUUACAACAGUUUCGGAUGUUUAACUGUGCUAGCAAGAAGAAAAAACCAAACUAAACGCGAAUGUGCUAAAAUUACAAUGGCCAACAGUAUAAAUCGUAUUAUUAAGUUGAACACAAGCCAAAUACAACUGAUCGACACACCAAAUAGUCGAAAGAAAAAACCAAGUGUAUUGAUUUUGAUACAAAUAUAAUCGCAUCGCUGCUAUUUCUAUAUAGAUUAUAAGCGCACACAGCGCAAAAGUAUCUACAAGCAUCUAUUAUCAAACAUCCAACGUCUUCUUUUGUCUUCUUUGUCGUCAAUUUUUGUCGACAGUUCAUUAUCAUUAAACAUACAUAAUUUAAUAAUACAAAACGAAGGAAAAACCGAAUGGUGAACAGCAGACACGUACGCUAUUGAGUGGAUCGACACAAUUAUUAAAAGGAAAAGAAAAAACAAACUAAAACUAGAAAAAAAAAAUAUACAAACACACACACAACAAUAACAUCAACAUCAAAAGCAAGCCAAAAGGAAGAAACAUUAUUUACUUAUAGAGAAUUCGACAACAACAGUCCAACGAUUUAAAAGAAAACUAGUGAAAUAUACGUAGCAUCCAGAUUGAUACCCCAGCGUGAGCAAGUGAGACAGAUAGAGAUAAAUACAAAAAUACACAUCAACUUUCAUAGUAAAUCAUACAAACAUAAAUAAUUAAAAGCAAUAAAAAUGUGUCUACUAAAUAAAACUCCAGAAUACAUAAUAAUAUUUUUGCUAAUAAUAUCGAAAAAUAUAUUUGGAAUUUAUGGUUCAUCCGGACCACCAUCGAACGCAUUGCAAUCACAACGACAGCAUCAGUACCAUGCAAUGGCCACAGCAACAACAACAACAUCGCCAACAACAACAACGACACUAGAUUUAGCCGCUGCCGCUGUUGUGUCAGCCGAUACCGCAUCAUCGAUACAAAGCACCGUUUCGCCAAGCGUUGUCAAGGAGCAAAAUUGGAAAGAUGUUUUAUUUUUUGUAUUCAAGGCAUCUAUAAUGAUAUCAAUUAUAAUAGCUGCCGUUUUUGGCAAUCUGCUAGUUAUUAUAUCUGUGAUGCGAAAUAGAAAAUUGAGGGUUAUAACGAAUUAUUUUGUUAUAUCGUUAGCUUUGGCCGACAUCAUGGUAGCACUGAUGGCUAUGACAUUUAAUAUGUGCAAUCAACUGUUAGAAAAAUGGCCUUUCACUAAAUUUGUAUGCGACAUGUGGAAUAGUUUGGACGUCUAUUUUUCAACGGCGAGCAUAUUGCAUCUGUGUUGCAUUUCGGUGGAUAGAUAUUAUGCCAUCGUAAAACCAUUGAAAUACCCCAUGACCAUAACUAAAAAGGUAGUUGCCAUCAUGAUACUGAACACGUGGAUAUCACCAGCAUUAUUAUCGUUUAUACCAAUAUUUGCUGACUGGUACACGACCGAAACGCAUAAACAACAUAUGAUAGAGAACCCGGACCAAUGUCUAUUUGAAGUGAACAAGGUGUACGCGGUAAUAUCCAGUUCGAUAUCAUUUUGGAUUCCAUGCACCAUUAUGAUAUUCACCUAUUAUGCCAUAUUUCGGGAGGCGAAUCGUCAGGAGAAGCAAUUGGCAGCACGACAAGGCAAUGCCAUGCUAAUGCAUCGCCAUUCAAGUGCUGGUGGUACGAACGGUACGUACGGCGAGGCAUUAAGCGGAUCGGGUUCAUCAAAAAUGUUAACACUGAACGAGGUGGACCAAGAUCAUACACCGACGAAAGAUAAACAUUUGAUUAAAAUGAAAAGAGAACAUAAGGCUGCCCGUACACUAGGAAUAAUCAUGGGAACUUUCAUUAUAUGCUGGCUACCAUUUUUCUUGUGGUAUCUAACAACAGCAUUGUGCCCAACUUGCCCAUCGCCAGAUAUUCUAGUCGCAAUAUUAUUUUGGAUCGGGUAUUUCAAUUCAACGCUGAAUCCACUUAUUUAUGCAUAUUUCAAUCGUGAUUUUCGGGAAGCAUUCAAAAAUACGCUCAACUGUUUAUUUUGCGCAUGGUGGCAACGUGACCGUUUACAAUUGGAUCUAGAUAAUCGACGCUCAAGUCUACGUGCGAAAAGUGUUUAUUCGGAAAGUUACCUUAAAGCACAUCAUCAAAAGCGCAGAGCCAGUGAACAACUAACUGAAAGUUUAUAAUAAUUAAAAUCGUGUGCAAUCGAAACUAAGUACAAUAGAAAUUAAUGCAAUAUAUUUAAAAUAAAUAUAAAUACAAAACCAAAUCAUACUGCGUCAGCAACAACAACAAAAGAAAAUCGACAAUGAAACGUGCAUGGAUCAGAUGAAUGUGUGUGUGUCUGUGUGUGUGUGUGUGUUUGAGCGAAGCGGUCAGACUGAAUGCGUCGAAUACCAUUUGAAUACCGAUGAGAUAAUGACCUGGAUGAACGAACCAUAAGAAGAAAAACGAAAAUUUUCUAUUCUGAUUUCGAACAUUACGUGUGUGUGUGUUUGCAAUUAAUUUUCUGACUCUGUGCUCUAAACCGUUCACCAUCCGCUAGCGAUAGUAGGAGAGUGCAUUUGUAGCAAAUACUUACAUUUCUAUAUAUUGGCAGUACAAACAACUGUAUACACCAUGACGUGCACGUGAGUGAGCGUAGAGUAUAUUACUCUCGCAAAUAAAAAAGGAAUUAGAAGUAAAGGAACCGUUAUGGAAAAAUAUCUAUAAAUAAUAAUGUUUAAAAAUCCCAGCAAACGUCUAAUUUUGUAAAUUUGUGGCUAAACUAUGAAAACAAAACCAGAAAUAAACAAAAAAUGAAUAACUAUUUACAAAAAGCAUUUAAAAAAAAAAAAAAAACAAACCAAACACAUAAUAUGAAUAACAUUCAUAGUUAUAAAUAGUUCAGAAGGAAGUUGAACAGAAAAAGGAAGAAAUACUUUUGUAUAUGUUAUCGUAUCAAAUCCUUACAAAAUGAAUGAGAAUCUUCUUCAAAAUGAAUGAGACAUAGAGAAAAAUAAACUUUCAUUUCCGUUCGUGGUGUUGUUUUUGCUUGUUUUUGUUUAUAUAACAAUAUCUUUACACUGUUCUUUAUUUCAAGAUUGUUUUAUUCUCUUCGUUUUGACGAUUAUUUUUAUUUAAUUGUAAAUUUUUUUUUGCAUGUUUUAUCAAUAUGAUUGAACUUCACUUUCAAAUAAGUGAAUUGAAUUAUUUUUUUUCGAUAGGUAUAAUACAAUUUGUUUUUUUUUUUGUGUUGUGUGGAUGCAGAUUUAUCGUUUCGUAGGUCAAAUCAGACAGUCCGUUUAUUUCAGCUAAACUUUCGUUUUAUUAAUACAGAUGAAAAUAUGGACUAUCAUGUACUUAAGGAAUUUGCAAGUGAAAAACAAAGGAGUCUUCGACAGUAAAUCACUCAAUAAAUUGAACCCUGUCUUCCUUUUAUGGUACGCUCUGAAGAUUUAUUCUUCAUUUUAUGUUGAUUUUUCUUUCGGUUUACGUAGAUUUGAUUGCAUCGAAAACUAUGUAUUAUGUUGAUGUUCACAUCAACAACUAAACUAUCAAAUCGAACAAAAUCAGUGAAAAGAACUCAUUUGCUUUAGAAAAAACAAAAUAAAAGCAAAAAUAAAUGUGUGUGAUUUGAAUUCUACGCUUAAUUUUGAGUAAUUUUGAAUGAAAUUUCGAAUCAAUAAACAACAUGAAGAAAAAUAGAGGGAAAAAAUGGACACAUCAGAUUUUGAUUAGAAUUAAAGCCAAACGCAAUCACACAAAGACCAAACUGCAAUAAAAUUUGUAAGCAACAAUAUUUAUCGUCGCGAAGAAUACAAAGUGUUGUAAUUUGUUCUUUACGCUUCACAUGAGCGCACUGCAGGUUCAUUUCUAUGCGCAACCGUUUUUGCUCACUUUCAUUCUGAACAAACAGACAUUGUCACAUUCGGUUUUUUGUUCCGUUUUUUUUUUUUUUAUCGCCAUAUUAUGUGCGUGACACGCAUGUAUUGAUAUGUAAAAUAAAUGAAUAGAACAUCUCAAUGCAUUUAAAAUUGUGUGAGCAUUAAGGGUAUGCUCCUUUUUUUCAUUACAUACCUUGAAAGUGAAUAUUGUGAUGCAAAUUUAUUGAUCCUUAUGAAAUAUUCAGUUGUUUGCUUGAUUUCAAUAGAACAGUGAAAAGGUUUUAACGGGACUAAAUGGAAAACAACCAAAUUAGCGAACGCAAUAAAAUGUCUAUAUUCCGGGGACCCCGAUGAUUCGGAAACUGAAGGAGCAGCAAAAAGGUCAAAUUCUGGUUUUCAUCUUUCCGUUAAUUGGGAAAAAGCCAAUUCGCUUGCGUAUUACACCGUUAUAUAAAUGCACACAAAUAGAAUCCAUUGCCGAAAAUGGACGAACUAGAAUGAGGGACGCGUUUGAUUUAUCUCUUCAUCUUUUUUUGGUUUUAGAGAUGGGAAGAAUGGGAAACACCAAUUUAUUAACAUUAAUUUUUCAAGCGUAAGUUUUCGACGUUAAAUCUGAACACAGAGCAAAUAUAUAAAAAGAGAACAAAACAAAAACGAUUACGCAUUCACAAUGAGAAUGGAUUCGAUUCGCGUUCCGAAUUUCCUUUUCCCAUGAAACUCUCGUGUAAUUUUUUAUUUUGUUCUUUUUUUUUUUCUCUCUAUUUGUUAUUCAAUCGAUCAACGGACAAAUUAUCACUAGGAGAAAUAUUUGCGCAAAUGAAUUCCUAAGCAAACAAUUAUCGUCUUUGCCUGAAAUUCGUCGUUGUUUCCUUAAGAAAAUGACAAUGUAACAAUGGAAAGUCAUCGCAAUAAGAAUUUAAUUGAAAUCCCUGACCCCAAAAGAACAUUCAAAAUCGAUCGACAAAAACACCUUUUUGACCACUUUUCGCCUUUGCUCACUAACAUGAACACAAUAUGCUCUAAUCACCCAUCUGACAACCUUCAUUAUACGGUAGAAAUGAUGAUUUAUUGCGAAUAUCGACCAAAAACAAAAGCAAAGAAAAAACGGGAGGAAAGAAGGAAAUGUGAUUGAAAAAAAAAAAAACGAAGAAGGAGUAAAUAACCGUAAUAAAACAAAUGGAAUUCAUGUUCAACAACGAAUAAUUUAUAGUCAAUAUUAUUUAUAUGAGUGAAAAUUUCCAAUCCCAUCUGCAGCAACUUCCGUGUUUGACUUCAUCAGUUUGCAAGCAGGGCGAGUGUUCAGUUCGACGGUAUUCAUCAGUAGGGUACGUCACAUGAGUAAUCUGUGACAAAUAUUACCGGAUUGUAGACCGGAUGAUAUAAUACGUUUGAAUGAUUCACAUCUGAAUGUGGUUUAAAACCGCCGAUUUUUUGUUCGCCGCAAUUCAUUCAAAAUGGUUUUACAUUAAUUUUAUUAUUAUCAUUUGUUUUGGUUGUGCAUUUUGUAUGAAGUUCAAUUUGAGUUCCCGGAUGGGACGAAACAAGCUUGUGAUCGUAAAAACGGGUGUGUCAAUCAAUCACCUGUCACCAUUUCCAUCAAUUUGUGAAAUAUAACAGAAUUACAUACGGAUACAAUAAGAUUUAUGUGUAUAAAUUGAAUGUGUAUACUUGCUGAUGGUGGUGAUGAUGAUGAUGAUGAAGAAGAAGAAAAAGAUGAAGAUAUUGCUGCUGCUGCUGAUGUGUGUAUGCGUUGCAACACACUAUAGAACACUUUGCUACAUCAUCUUCGUUGUGCACAAUGCGCGCGCGUCCAUACAAAUCGAACAACCCGCCCGCUAGAUUUUACUCUGUCGGAUUCGGUAUCAAGGUGCCGAAGUGUGUGUGUGUGUUUGGCAUCAAAUCGUUUGUUAUAUGGAAUUUUUCCACGGAAUAAUCCAGUUCUCAACCUGAACAUCUUCACUUGGUAUUACAAUAAGCCCACCAAUCGAUCAUGGCUCUCCGUUUUUUAAGGCAAAUUCACACACCCACAGUACACGUGUUCGUAAAUAUUAUUAAAAUACCACCGAUUCGUGCUAUAUUUCUUUCACUCCGUUUUGCCCACACCAACAAAUCGCGAAAUACGUCGAUUUGUUUACAUUUCAUGGGGAAAAAAUCGAUCAACACCCAAAGUCAUGAAAAUGCCAAUGUAACAAAAGUCAUAGCGCUUUUUGCAUAUUUAUUCUUUCUUUCUUUCCUUCUCUUUUUCUAAUCUAUAUAUUGCACAUUAAGAGGUGCAAGGCUCACCACAGUUACUUCAAAACCGAAAAUCUAUCAACGAAAUCUUCACAUCAAAAUGCUGAAAAGGAGAGAAAAGACCAAGCAAAUUGGAAUAUCAUAUCCGUUGGAGAUUGGAUACGAUAUUGAUAAUUGAGACUUUCAAUACAAAGUAAAAGUCAAUUUUACUCCGGUUCGUUCGCGCUCCUCGUUUUUCUUUUAAAAAGAAAACAAAAACAACAACAAAUAAUUGAAACACCAUGUGAAACUGAAUAGAAAAAACGAAUAAUUUUAGAAUAGAAUACUGAAAGAAUAACCAAAGCAAAUGGCGGAGAAAAUCAGAAAAAAAAUUGGCAAUAUAUUUCUAAGGCUUAACGUGAAACUACAAAAAAAAAAAUGAAUGGAUAAAAGGACAAAAAUAGAAAAAAAAAUUUGAUACACAAUAUAUAACUCAUGCAGAAAAAUACAUAGUUCAAUCGUUCAGUGUAUUAAAAUUGUAGAUUAUAGUGAAGUGGAAGUAUCGUCUGUGUUGUUCAGCAAAUCAUUUUGUUUUGCCCAGUGUUCGCAAUAUCGCUUUCAGCAUCUCACAAGUCAAAUGGAAUAGAUAAUUGGGCUGGCUACCCUGUCCCCUUAUAUAGGACCAAAAGGAUGCCGCAUGGCUCGGUGUUGCUGCUUCGUCUCUGUCAGUUGAAUUAUCUGUUUCAUUUCACAUGUUAGAUGCUGAAUGCGAAAUCGCCAACAAUAGUUUUUCCCCAUUUCGUUCGUUUGUUUAUUAUCACUAAUCCCGAUUAGGUUCCAUUUGAUUUUAUCGAUGAGAAUAGAUUCUAAAAGUCGAACGGAAAAUGCAUUCAUUGAAAAUUGAUAUCAAGUUAUUCACGUGAAAUCAUCGUUAGAAAUUAAAUUUAAAAACCCACACAACAAAAGUGUUCGAUUAGGAUACAUGAUUUAAAAAAAAAAGUAUACAUUUUGUCCAUUGAAUAGCAUCUGACUGGUUUUAUGUUUGUUUAUUCAUCCACUUCGCAUUUUUGGUUCGUUACAUAUUCAAAUCAGAUAUUUAAAUAAAUUUACAUUCAAAAUUUAUCACAAUUCACGGAGCGAGCUGAAAAUGCAAAUGUUUUUUAUUGAAAAAAAAAAAGUAAAUUAUACAUGAAAACAAGAACAGUCCGAAGGCACCAAAUCUAGCAAUAAAUUUCAUUUUUCAAAACUAUAAGUUUACUAAUAAUAAAUAAUGAUAAUUUAAAGAAAAGGAUCAACAGCAAAUACUUAACAAAAGUAAAUCAGUUUUGAAUAAGCGUAGAGCUUGGUGCAAGCCAGGGAUAAAUAAAAGAAUAUUGUAAUAAUGUAGAAGAAGAUGAAAGUAUGUAGCCGAAUAAACACUCAGCCAUUCGGCCCGAUAGCAAACAAACCAAACGUAACAAAUUGUGUACCAAAUCAAGCAGCUAUUUGGCAUUUUCAAUAAAUGAUGCGCAGAUAUAUAUAAUAAGAACAAAACAAAAAAUAUAAAUCAAUGGAAACAAAAUUUACCAUUAAUUGUAAUUAUUCAAGUAAUUGUUUACAUAUUUUCUAUUUGUAUAUGUGAAAAUCUAAUGUUUUUUUUUUUUUUUUGAAUUCUGAAAAUCAAUAGUAACGAUUUAAGGAUUUAACAAAAAUAAAAAAUUCAAAAAACUAUAACAGUGUAAAUGUAGGCGAAUAAAAUUGUAAAUGUAUAUGUCGAUUUAAAAAAAAAAAAAACACAAAUGAAGCAAUUUAGCUGAAUUCUCUCUGAUGUUUUCAUCGAAAUUUCGGAAACUAUACAACUUUUAGACAUCUUCAACAUGCAAAUAUCAAUGUAAAGCACAAUACAAACACUCCGGUCAAAGUGAAAUUGAUUCGAUUCGAUUCGAUUCGUUUGUUUUAUUUUUGAUCCAAUUUCAAGCGGCACACAAACGAAAUCUAGUUAAAUUUAUUAGCAUAAUAUUCCGAUUUUCGAAUGUCAACACACGUGAAGUGAAGCAACAUCACUCAUUGCAAGUAUAUAAAUACGAUGAAAGCAUCAACAAUUGGCCAGAUACAAAUUAUAUUGAUUUGAUUAUUUUGUUCGAACAUUGGUUUUGUUUAUUUCAAAGUUCUUGACGUGCCGAAACGUUUAAAAUUGUAAAUAUGUGUUAUAUAAUGUCAGAAAUGGAAAGAAGACAAGUGGAGAAUGUAUGAAUAUGAACGGGAGAGAGAUCACUGGCACUCAGUCAGAAAAUUUAUUUUACAAAAAAUGUGUUGAUGAAUAUAGAUAAUUUUAUUUAUUAUCAUUGUUAGGCGUAAAACAUGAAAUGCGUGUUUUACCCAUUGUUCUGUUAUUGAUGAUAUAACUGACUCGUUGUUGGCAUUCGACAUUCGACAAACAGAAAAUGCAAUUUACGCAGUGAAAUCAUGUGUCAAAAUAAGGUAAUUGAAAAUUGGGUCCAUUUUCUAUUUGAAAUUCACACUAAACUGAACCGAUAGAGACCGUCAAUCAAUUUUAUUAUUGUUAAUUGAAACCGGUACAUUUCUAGUGGUGGGACGUAGAAGAAUGUUUCUAUGGAAUCUAUGGAGGUAUGGGCGGGAUUGAAAGUAUAUUCGAAGUGAAACACAAGAAAAAUCGCGACCUACCCAAAAAUGCACAUCCUCUAUUUUAACCAUCUUCAAAUCUACUGUCCUCUUGCAUACACUACAAUCUCACAUACAAGUACACACGUGGCCAAUGAAAUCGAACCAAUUCGUUUUUUUUUUUUUUUCAAAAAAUAAAAUGAAAACAAAUAAUUUUUUCGAUAUUUUCAGAGAAAGAGAAUUAAUGUAUUUCAGCACUUGCAAAUAUAUGAUCUAGUUUUGUGGAAAGACCUUGAAUCAAAAGUUUAUAACAACAUGUUAAAGACACAAGAGCUUAAAAAAACAACGAUUGCAACUUCGAUGCCAAAUAAUCACCAUAUCAGUCGAUUUUUUUUCGGAUCCUCUUUGGCGGUGACAGGCGUACCAAGUCUAAGGAUUGUCGUCAGUACGGAUUUCAUAGCCACGUUAUCACUUAAUUUGCAUUCUGUGACAAAUACGAGUGAUGUCACCAUUCAUCUUUGUCAUUCGAAAACAUCUCCGAAAAACAUCGUAUGAAAGAGUGCCCUACGAAAAAUGUUCAAUUUGAAUCGCACCGUGAAAAAAAAUUCCAGUUAAAGUGGUAUAUGAAUACUUUUCACAUUCAAGUGCUGUUUAUUCAGAAAAUAUUUUUGUUGCAUUAUUUCUCUCACCCAUUCAUAUUUCUAAGGACUGACAUAUUUGCUCCUUUUUUGAAAAAGACGAAAAAACGAGUGCAUUCAAUUUUGUUGCCCAUUUUGUAUGUUCUUCAAUUGUGUAUAGGAAUAGCAAUUAUUUUGUUCGCGUUUCACUUUCACGGUUGUCUCAUCAAUUAAAACAGAUAGCAGUUUGGUGUUUGCAACAAAGUUGCACAUAGUUAUCUCUUAUCUUUCAUCAUAUGCGGGUGGGUAAAUUGCGCAUAUAUAAUUUUUUUUUUUAUUCUCAUCAGUUUUUGUGCGUUUUAUGUACCUAAUGAGAUAAUCUUAAAAACUGAGAAAGAACAGCCUUUAGUAAUGUUCGUUUGCUAAUAAAUUAUCUCUGAUCAGCAAGUCAAAAAUCACAUACGAAAAUAUACCUUCAUUUAAAAAAAAAAAAAAUUAUAUUCAAAAAGUGUCAUACAUUCUUUUACAUCUCACCAAUAGAAUAUAAAUGAGAAUAAAAUCCAUUUGGAUUUUUGUCCUCAUCGACCACAUUCUAAUUUCAAAAUCGUAUUCGUACACAAACCAUUUUCAGUUGUUGGCAUUGACAAUAUAUAAAAAUAAAUAGAGAACAAAUGUGAGGCAAACUCAUAGCCUCAUCGAAUCUAUUUCUCAUCUACGCACAGAAACGUUGUGUUCAUCAUUUAGAAAACAAAUUGCAGAAUUAAUUUUUUAAGCCAGUGACUAAAUUUUUAACACUAAACAACAACAAACCUAAAAUAAACUAAACCAAGUAAAUCGAAAUCAAUACAAAAACAACUGUAAUAAAUUAUAUAAAUGUAAUGAAUAAAUGAUAAAAGCAUGAUACCAAAAUUACAUAAAUAAAGGCAAAUAAAAACGUAAAAUAACUGAUCUAUUUUUGACGAUUAAAAUAUCUAUGUGUAUAACAAAAGUAUGGUCUAAAAGAGUCUACGUAAACAAUAAUUAGCAUAUUGUACAACAAACCAAACAAAAAAGAACAAAAUAAAUAAUCUGAAUGUAGUGACUAUGCGAGAAAAUAAAUGAAACAAACAUUGACACUCACACACAAAACUACUAUGUCAUUGCCA